CUUGCAUGUGGAACAGGCCCCACGUUCAAUGCGACACAUCGUCUGUAGAGGGCGCUGUUUCCACCUCACUCCUGUACAGACAGUCAUAAAGACGGUGCUUAGCUAGGCUAGCUGUCAAUCUACCCCGCAGCAUCACGCCAGGGACACUCCAGGCUCUGCAGACGCCCCUUGCACGCAUUUGCACUGCACAAUGGCUGUCCCUCCUUCAUACUCAGACCUGGGCAAAGCCGCCAAGGAUAUAUUCAGCAAGGGUUAUGGCUUUGGUGUUGUGAAGCUGGACCUAAAGACCAAAUCACAGAGUGGAGUGGAGUUCAACACAUCUGGAUCCAGUAACACAGACACAGGGAAGGCCGCAGGGAGCCUGGAGACCAAAUACAAGAUGAAGGAGCUGGGUCUGAGCUUCAACCAGAAGUGGAACACAGAUAACACGCUGGCUACUGAAGUCACUGUGGAGGACCAGCUGGCUCAAGGACUGAAGGUUGCCUUGGAUACGUCUUUUGUACCAAACACAGGUAAGAAGAGCGGCAAGCUGAAGACGGGCUACAAACGCGACUAUGUGAACCUGGGCUGCGACGUGGACUUCGAGGGUCCCAUCAUCCACGCUACCGCCGUGUUGGGCUACGAGGGCUGGCUGGCCGGUUACCAGAUGGCCUUCGACACGGCCAAGUCCAAACUGGCCCAGAACAACUUCGCCCUCGGAUACAGGGCCGGAGACUUCCAGCUGCACACCAAUGUUAACGACGGGACCGAGUUCGGCGGCUCCAUCUACCAGAAGGUGAACGAUGAGCUGGAGACAGCGGUGACUCUGGCCUGGACCGCCGGCAGUAACAACACUCGCUUCGGCAUCGCCGCCAAAUACAAGCUGGAUAAAGACACCUCUCUGUCUGCCAAAGUGAACAACGCCAGUCUGAUCGGAGUAGGCUACACCCAGAGCCUUCGGCCAGGUGUGAAGGUCACUCUCUCGGCCCUGAUCGACGGGAAGAACUUCAGCGCCGGCGGACACAAAGUGGGCAUGGGCUUCGAGCUGGAGGCGUAAACUGGGAUCCCACCACCAACAAAGAAGAAGAAGAAGAAAAAAGCCCAGAAACACAUGACCACACACUCCUCCUUUGCCCCCUCCAAUACCCCAGCUCACAUUACUGCUCACCACCAUCAUGUAGCUCCCCCCCCUCCCUCCUCCUCCUCUUUCACACAUAUAUAACGAGCAUUUUUGACAGUAAUAGUCGAGUCUCAGCAUCGUGAAACACCCCCCCGAGUGGAGCUGCGAGGUUGAAACUGACGGCACGUAACUGUGGAUUAUUACCAGUUUUUCUGGUUAUUGAAGUGAAACUUAUUUAUUUCCUGUGUAGGCCGUGGAUGAAGUAGUCGUCGCUGUAAAUGUGUAGCUUGUUCCUAAUGGCAUGUUAGAACGUCAGUACAGAGCUGAAAGCUUAUUAGCUUGGUUAAAAAAACAAAAAAAAAGGUGUUGAGUGUCUGUUUUCUCUCUUUUUUUGUUGUUUUUAUUGGUUUGAUGAUGGAAAACUUUUGGCUGUGUUGUUGCAAUCUGUGGACCAUUAAAUCUAUAUCAUCUUUUUUUUUGAUACAACACAUUUCAUGAAGAUAUGAGUGUUGGGUCUGAUUGAAGUCUUAUUGAAGUGGUUAAAGUUGAAGGAUAAUUUUAAAUAAAACUGUUGACAUGCAUCACUUUUUACAGUGCAGAUUCUCCCAAAUGAUCUUUUAAAUCCUUUGUGACUUCUCUUUUAUUUUGGUAGGUGAAACCAAUGUAGUGGAAUCUUCUGGUAGAUUAUGUAGUUAGUUGUUUUUGCAUUUCUACAAUAUUGUUUUCAUCUGUCUUGUCUUAACUGCAGCGGUCACAAAGAAAGAGGACGUCAUUUGAGGAUGUGUGUGAGGUUUUUUUUUGCAUAGUAGCGUCUCGUAAGGUAUAUUUAGCGGUUCAGUGGCACCAGGCGUCUUAACUUCGACAGCCAGCUGUUUCCUCAUGUUGCUCCGGGACCGCGCUCAUUACUGUCAUCACUGCACCACCACCCCCCCCCCCCCUCUCAGAUCUGUACAUAAAAUACAGUCGAUUGUCCUCCCAAUGAUCCCAGUCGAAAGGCUGGAUAGAAUAUUAUAAGAGGAUGUUGAGUCCCACACUCCUCCAUUUCUCUCUCUCCUUUUUUUUUUUUUUUUUUUUUUUUUUUUUGGUAAUCAUACAUUAAAAUGUGCAUUUCCAUCUAAUUAUGUUGUCAUGAUUUUAAAAAAAGGCGCAUUUCUUUGUCAUUUAGACGCAGUACCUCAUUUUUUUUCCAAUGUCAACUAAGGGAAUUCUAAUAAUAAAGAAAAAAUGUUUGAAA